CAAAAACAUUAACAUUUCACAUCAGAAACUUUUGGGAGACGACGUACAAAAUCAGGAGGUUUAGCUAGAUGAAUCCUAUUUUAAAACCUUGCUACUUUAAUAAGACAAGUUUGGCCGCGGUAGAUAGUUUUGACUUUUAUUGAUGAAAUUAAAAUGACAAUUUUACCGAAGAAAAAACAUCAGGAACAAAGAAAAAGUGAACAAGACCAGGACAUUGAAAACAGGAAUAGGACGAGGACAAGACCUCGUGAAACAAGAAAUCGUGUCCCACCAAAUGAUGAUUUAGAUGCUUCAGCGUUAGAAACUUCUAGCAAUGCCCUAUCAUUACCUGUAUAUAAUGAUUUAGAUACCCGAGAUUCUCAAGAAGGUCCAAGUUUACCACAUAAACGUAAUCGUCAUAAGCCUGCUCAAGGUUUUUUUUUGCCUCCGUCCAACUCUUCAACUGUUAACAAUACACACUCACGGAGUGGUAGCAGAGAAACUAGUGUAAGUCCAAGUAGAGAAGAAGAUCAAGAUGGUUACAAUAGUUCAGAUGAACAUGGACCUAGAAGUUUUGGACCAAAGGAUGCCACUGUUGAGAUGUUAAGUGAGAGGGAAGCUGAAUUUGAGAGACAACUCAGUGAGAAGAAAGGCUAUGUAAUAAAACAGAUGGCAACAGAUGGAGCUUGCCUAUUUCGAGCUGUGGCUGACCAAGUUUAUGGAGAUCAGGAAAUGCACAGUGUAGUUCGUGAACAUUGUAUGGAUUAUAUGGUCAAAAAUUGUGACUUCUUUUCGCAAUAUAUCACUGAAGAUUUUGCAUCAUACAUUCGUAGAAAACGUAAUGAACACAGUCAUGGCAACCAUAUUGAAAUACAGGCAUUAAGUGAAAUGUAUAACAGGACAAUAGAAGUCUACCAAUAUUCAUACGAACCAAUAAACACAUUCCAUUCCCAUUCAUGCAACAAUGAGGAUUAUCAGCCAAUACGAUUAAGUUAUCAUGGAAACGUGCAUUAUAAUUCUGUUAUUGACCCAUACAACCCAGCUGUUGGAGUUGGACUGGGUUUAGCAGGAUAUAAACCAGGAUUUGAUAAUAAGAACUUGUUAAAAAAAGGUUUGCAAGAAUCAGAAGCAGAUUUACUAGAACAGGAGAUGCUUGAAGAUAAGAUAAAAGCUACUGAUUGGGAAGCCACUGAUGAGCAGUUGGCAGAAAUUGCAGCUCGAGAAUCAUACCUGCAAUACCUAAAAGACAAACAGAAAUUGACGUCUAACGCUGGUAGUUCAAGCUCAACAUCCACAUCUACACAAAGUCGAAAAUCUCCAUCUCGAAGGUCUCCACCACAUGAUACAGGAACUACACGAAGGUCGCCGGCACGAGAUGUGAAGCGAUCUCCACCACCUGACACAUACACCAGAAAUGGGAAUCAUUCUGGACCUUUGAAUAAACAUUUAAAAGGGAAUAGCCCUCGACCGACAUCAUCUCAAAAUUCUUACUCUAAUGCUAUGGAAGAAGCUUCGAACAGACUGAAAAGUCCAGUGGGAGGAGCACAAGCAUCAGCUUCGAAUGAUUGGAGUUCAGCCUUGGGGUACGGUGCAGAUUGGGAUAACGAUCCGAUCCUUGCAGCUGUUCUCGCGCAAUCACAGCAAGAGUACCUAGACAGUUUAUGUAAAAACAACAGUCGAAAAUCUGACGAUGAUAAAAAAACAACAGAUUCAUCAUAGCAUAUAAUGUUUUUUUUUCCUGGUGUAGUUGAGACCUUGUACAAAAACAGUAAUAUUUAUUUCAAUUGAAUAAUCCAAAAAAUACCCUGCAAAACUUUUCAUAAACAUGCCUGUUGCUAAAAGGUAAAAAAUUUCACUACUAUUUUUGUUUGUCUGUUGGCCUGUUGAGGGUUGUCACUCCUUAAAACUUCCCUACGAUUUUAAAAAGUCUCCUCAAACCUCCCUUGAAUCAGCUCAGUUUUGGUUUUGCAACUUGUGGCAUCUUUUUAUUUUUAAAGAUAGAAGUUUUACAUACAUCUCUUCAUUCUUUGAGAAAUAUAAAUGUGUCCUCAAAUCUUCUUAAUUUUUUUAUAAAACAGAGAGAUCUUUAAAAAGGGUUUCAACUCUUUUAUUUUUGCUUUCAUUCACCUGCAAUAUUAUGGUGUUCUUCCACACAUCUUCCCUGAUCUAUUUAUUAGAGGCUUUAAACAUUUGUCUUUUGUUAAGGCUUAAAUUAUUGGACAUUCGAAGAUGUGUUUCUAAAAGUUUUCCAUUGGUAUUUUUUUUUAUAUAUAUAUAUAAAUAUAUAUAUUUUUAAAAUGCUGUUUUGGGUUGAUUUACCUUUCUUUCACUUUUCAUUUUGAAUGAGUUUUUUGCGUUACCACGCAGAAUGUAUAUAAACUUAGAAGAGAGAAUUUUAUUAUGAUGAAGUAAAAUAUAUAUUUAUCUCUUUCACUUUAUAAUUCCACGAAGCGAAAUAUCAUUUUUGUGUUUGUGUUCUUUUAUGAUUUUGAUUUUAUAAGAUACAUUAUUCAGGUUUUCACAAAAAAAGGUCUUUACCGAGACAGUCAGUAAAAUGCAUAUUUUCAGGAGCAAUGAAGAAAAAUUAAAGAACUUCAGUGGCUUUAGAUGUAAAUCUUUUUUAAAUGCUGCUUGGGCUAUGAGCUUGUACUCCUUUUGGAGAUAAAAAUUAUUAGGGAAAAAUAAAAAACAUAAAAGAAUCUGUUUCUAAUUUGUUUGAUGGUGGCUAUUUAUUUUUUUUUUGGUAAAUUUAGCCACAGGCAAGGCAUAACAAUUUUGUACCACUCUGAAAGAGAAAUUUUUUUUAAGCCAAACUCCUUGGAGACACACACUUGAUGUUUAAAUUUGCUGCUUAGUUUAUAAGUCUGAGUAUUUAUGGUAGAAUUUAUUGAUUUGAUGAAAAUCUUUUGCUGAAUUCAGCUAACUGUAUUGUCUCUUAAAAUAAUGUUGCAUUUAUUUAAAAUAUUAAGUCAUAGGGACAGUGUUUAUUCAAAGAAGAAGAGUGAAGGUUAAAGAAAUGCACUUUUCCGUUAUCUUUAUUUUACGUUUUAGUUUUGGUUUACAUUGUACAGUAUGUAGUAUUUUAGUAAUGUAAAUUAGGCUUUGGUCUCUAGGUCUGAUUUACACUAGGUAUUAAUUACACCUGUUAUUUUUGAGUUACGUUGACAUUUUGAUAAACAUUUGUACAGGAUUAUUUUAAAAUAUUAUGAAAAAUAUUGAAAUUUUUUUUUCUUUCAUAACUGUUCUAUAUUCAUAUUUUGGCUGGAAUUAAUUAGAAUAAUGCUUA